AUGGCACGCCUCAAGAACCUCGGUGUUACUACUACAGGUGUCAACCCACCGCCAACAUGCCUUCUAUGCGAGAUGGAAAUCCCAUAUGUGCAUGAUUCUGGAAUUGCAGGGUGCCCGACAUGGGAUCGGACUCCGGAGAGUGAUCAGCUGCUCAAAUGUCAAUGGAGGGGUUACUGGCGAUCCAGACUAAAACAUGUAAUGGUGCCAUCCAUCCAGAUAGAAGAGGCAUGCUUUGGUGAUAUGCCCCGAUUAUGGUCAUGUUUCUGUCGAGCUAUAAUCAAGGAGUCAGAUACUAAGUAUCAUCUAACGGGUAUUAACAUGCUACAAGAACGAAGUAGUGAGCCCUACCACCUUCCGAAAGACCCAACAAUCGCGAGAAUUGGUGGAAGGAAAAACGCCCGAUACGAUAAUGCUACCUUUAUUGAAUUCUACGCGGCGAAGAUGAAAAGACAGCCAUCCCAGUAUAAAGGGCAGCGACUGGGGUUUAUUAUUCAUGCUCAUUGCUGGAUACUUUUUGGCCGAGCUCUGGGAGCGAUGCCAACUGAGAUUAAACUCGCGAAGUUUAUCCAGUCUUCCCGGAAUCACUGGCGCAAGGAAAAUCUGCACGGCUUGACAGAUCACAACAUUAACUGGGUCAAGCCGAACCAAGCCCUAUCAGAGCGUGAACACAGCUGUGAUAUUUAUCAGAACCCACUAGUUAUACCAGCACUUCAAGAAGUGAUUACCCGCGCAAAUACAGGUCACUCCAUAUUUCCUUGUUUCAGCAAGCUUCCGAUAGAUAUUACCGUCCUGAUAUCUGAGUGGGUCUGCCCAGCUGAUUACACCUUGGAUGAUGUUGCAAACAUGCGCAAUAUGCUUUUCACAUUUCAAUGGAACUUGCCCGAUUGGUUUUGGCGAAGACGACUACAAGAAGAUUUAUUCUUCGAGUUAGAUAUUCUCAGGAAGUCUAGCUCUCCGGUGAACUGGCAGGGGUUACGACUUGAUUUGAUGAGCCUUGUGUCAGAUCGAACAUGGUAUACUACCAGGGGUCUGGCAAAUCGUGAACGUAUACUCAGAAAUGUGGCUGCUAUCGGAAGGGGCGCGGGAAUGAGCUAA